CCUGUCCUUUCUAGACCUGACGCCGGAAGUGGCGGCGGGUGACUAGAUCGUUUGGGGAGGCUGGCAGAGUUCCGGGUUCUCCUAGUAGUAGCUGCUUUCAGCUUGCAAGAUGCCGGGUCUGGCGGCCGCCAGCCCUGCCACUUCUGAGACGCAGGAGAAGAAGCCGUUGAAGCCCUGCUGCGCCUGCCCAGAGACCAAGAAGGCGCGCGAUGCGUGCAUCAUUGAGAAAGGAGAAGAGCACUGUGGACACCUAAUUGAGGCCCACAAGGAGUGCAUGAGAGCCCUGGGAUUUAAGAUAUGAAAUGGUGGCCUGCUCUGUGAAUGAAUAAUUCCUGAAGAAUGAAGAUAAUUUAAUAUUUUGGGGAGUUCUUUAAUGAACUUUGGUAAAUGGAAAAAGUAUUUAUAAUAUAUUAUUAAAAAAAAAAAGGAAAUGCCCUGUUUAAAAAUCAAGUGUAUUUCUUUUUGUGUUCAUCACAAUUUCACAUGACA